AUGGGGGGGGAGUGGGGCUUCUCAGCCAUCCAUCUAGCAGCUUUACACGGCCGGCUGGAGUGCCUGAAACUGAUAGUCGAAAAGUUUGAGGUUGAUGUGAACUUGGCCAGUCUGACAGGAUGGACACCCAUUCACCUGGUGAUGAACAAGGAGAGUGGCCCCAGGACAUUGGAGUGUUUGCAGUACCUCAUUGGAAAGGGAGCAGACAUCAAUGUUCAGAACCAGGGCGGAAUGUCACCACUUCACAAGGCAGCCAGUGAAGGACGCCUCGACUGCAUCAUUGAACUGGUAGAGGCUGGAGCUGAUGUCCACGCCAAGGAUGCAGAGGGGCAGCAGCCCAUUGACCUCUGCAGGAUAUGGGCCCACAGGAGCUGUGCUAGGUACCUGAAUGAUGCCAUGUGGAAAAUAAACAAGCGCAAUUUUGCUCGCGAAAUGCACAAGCUGAACCAAAUCAAAAGUGAAUGUCAGCACUCAGAACAAAACUUCCUGAAGAUAGAGAAGGUCUUGAGUGCCAUCAGCACAUCCCGCUGGGCAGGAAUGACAGAGGAAUACUGA